ACCCACGCUGUUCCUUGCUCGCAUAACCUUCUUCCACUUUUAACAAUUUCAUUGUCUCACAGCUGUUCACAAUUCCCGAACAACAGGAACAAUUAUUAAAUCAGAAAAACCACAAAUUAAAUCCCAAAAUCUUUGAAUAAUACCGUCUUUGAAUUUGAACUUGAUUUUGUUUAGAAAAAUAUGGGAAGUGAUUGUAGAGGUGAAGAAAUCAGGAAACCCAGAUUUCUAUGCCUUCAUGGAUUCAGAACAAGUGGAAAAAUCAUGAAGAAACAGAUUGGAAAAUGGCCGGAAUCUGUUCGCGAUAAACUUGAUCUUAUUUUUCCUGACGCGCCUUUUCCCGCCCGAGGAGAUUCCGAUGUUCAAGGAAUUUUUGAUCCUCCUUAUUACGAGUGGUUUCAGUUCAACAAAGAAUUUACUACUUAUGAAAAUUUCGAGGAAUGUUUGGAGUACAUUCAAGAUUGUAUGAUUAAGAAUGGACCAAUUGAUGGUCUUCUGGGUUUUUCUCAGGGGGCAAUUUUGUCAGCUGCAUUACCAGGGCUACAAUCACAGGGAUUGGCUUUGACCAAAGUUCCAAAAAUAAAGUUUUUGAUUAUAAUUGGAGGAGCAAAAUUAAAGGCUAAAUCAUGGGCUGAUAAAGCUUAUGCUUCUCCUAUAGAAUGCCCCUCACUCCACUUUUUAGGGAAGGAAGACUUUUUAAAGCCAUAUGGAGAAGAACUUCUAAAAUCUGUUGUGAACCCUGUAAUUAUCCAUCAUCCCAAGGGUCAUACGGUUCCUCGAAUAAAUGAGGAGUCACUACCAACCAUGGAUUGUUUUAUUGAAAAGAUUCAGAAGAUAAUCGAAGAGGAGAAAGCCAACGAAGUACAAUGACACCAUAGAACGUUCACGCAAGGUCGUAUUUGAUGUAGUGCGAGAGGGGCAGUCUUCUUUGACCCCUAUUAUAGAAAUUAGAUAGUUUACACUAUUAUUGACGAAGUAUAAGUUUUGAGUAUAUUGAUGUAUACAUAAUAAUACACUAUUAUUGAUUUUACAUUUACAAAUUGCCUAGAAACUGUUUUGUAUGCUUACUAUAGCUUUUGAGCUUAUUUAACAAAUAAUUGUUGGAUGAAACUAUUGGCUUGUUUGACAAGUUGGAAAUAUUGGCCGAAAGAUCGAGUCUUUAAGCUAGUUGUUAAGAACAAUAUAACCCGUUAAUUUUUACAAAAGUA